AUGUCGCUGCGCGGGAGAGUCAUCCUCAUCACAGGCGCAGGCUCGGGAGUUGGUCGCGCAGCCGCCUUGCACAUAGCCAAACGCACCGUGCACAAUCCAGCCAAACUCUUCCUUGCAGACGUCUCGUCUGGAGGCCUGCGGGAGACGUUGUCCAUGCUGCCGCCAGAAGCGGUCGCCUACGGCACUGUCUUCAAUAGCUCAGAUUCCGCGGCGUGCCGAGAGUUCGUGAUGGAUGCUGUAAAGAAGGAGGGGCGCAUCGAUGGCGCGCUGUUGUGCGCGGGGAUGCCGGCGAUGGCAAUGCCCAUACGCGAAACGUCAGACGAGUACUUCCAGCAGGUGAUGACCGCAAACGUCUUCAGCCUGUUCGCGACAAUACGCGCGAUCGUAGCGCUUCCCGUGUCGCAGACGCCGGGGACGAGCAUCGUCGCGGUGUCAUCGGGCGUAGGGAUUGAAGGUGCGGCGGACUUGAGCGCGUACAGCGCGACGAAGGCGGCGGUGAUUGGGUUUUGCAAGAGCCUAGCUAAGGAGUUGGGGCCUAGGGGGAUGCGGGUCAAUGCGUUAGCACCGGCAUACAUUCAAGCAGGGAGAGAGAGGGGCGCGAUGGCCAUGAAUGGAGAGGAUGUGGGGAGGAGCGCGUCGGAGCGAACACCUUUGGGACGCAUGGGCCAACCGGAAGAGGUUGCGAGCGCAGCCGCGUUUCUGUUGAGCGGGGACAGCAGUUUCAUCAGUGGGAGCGUCAUGGAGAUCGACGGAGGGAAAUAG